GUGCUUGAUUUACGGGAUGCCCAACAUAACUUCUGGAAUGUGUGGGCUGGAAUAGAGAAUGGUGUCUGCUCUCCAGAUGUCAUUACUGAGACCCAGCCAGUGGUGCAUCAUCCCAUACAAGAGGGGAAACAAAUCGUGACUGUGUUGAUGAACCUUUCUCUCAAAUCCAGCCAUCUUUGUAAAUACCUAAGGUAUUUCUAUUGGUGGGCCAAGCAGAGAAAAGAUGGGGUGCAGGUGAUCUGUCAAAAGCUGGAGUUUUGGGACCUGCCUGUCUAUAACCCCCUGGAGCUGCUGGAGGUAUUUGAGCCAAGCUCUAUACAGGAAUUGGAAGUGAAUGAAUGCUGGGACCUGGGAACCCUUGCAAUGAUAGCCUCUUGCCUGGGCCAGAUGACAAACCUUCAGAAACUCGUUAUCAAUGAAAUAUGCACUCCUUUGAAGUGGCUUGGGAACCAAGAGAUGAAAGAAUGGUGUUUUACAGAGAUCAUUUCCCAGUUCUCCCAACUCAACAUGCUCCAGCAUCUCUAUUUGAAUGAUGUCUUCUUCCUGAAUGAACGACUUGACCAAGUGCUCAGGUGCUUGAAGAAUCCCUUAGAGACCCUUGCAAUCACUAACUGCAUGCUAUCAGAAUCAGACAUGAGUUAUCUGUCCCAGUGUCCAAGCAUCCAUCAGCUCAAACAUCUGGACCUGAGUGGUGUCACCUUUUUAAAUUUAAGUCAUUCACUUCUAGGAAGACUGCUAGAAAGACUGACAGCUACUCUGCAGACUUUAGAAUUGAAGGGCUGUAUGUUGAUGGACUUGCAAAUCAGUGUCCUCCUGCCUGCCCUGAGCCAGUGCUCCCAGCUCACUGAAGUCAAUUUUAUGAAGAACUUCCUGUCUGUGUGCAGCCUUAAGAAGCUGCUGCAGCACAUUGCCAACCUGACACAUCUGACCCGGGAGAUGUACCCUGCCCCCAGUGAGGUCUAUGAUGACAAUGGUGAUGUCAUGCCAGACAGAUCUGCCCAACAUUGCUCUGAGCUUAUGGAAACACUCUGUGCUAUAAGAGAGCCAAAAGAGAUCUACUUUGUGAGUAAGAGAUGUCUAGAUUGUCUGGGAUUCUGUGUUUAUAACCUGGAGGCCACACUAUGUUCAU